AUGCCGCCAUUUUACUUUGCCAUAAUUGGUCAUAAGGAUACUCCGAUUUAUGAGGCUGAGUUUACCUCUCUCCAGCAGUCAUUCCCUCCUAACUUGAAGGAAUUGAAUCCAUUCAUUCUACAUGCCUCCUUGGACAUAAUAGAAGAUCUACAAUGGCAAACUACAAGUUCUAACUCUUCAACUUAUAAUAAUAGCAAUACCAUUAGUGGUAAUAGUACAUCAUUCCUGAGAUCAAGACAUAGUCAUAGUGGGGUAUAUGGCCCAGGUAAUUGCUACUUAUCCAAGGUGGAUCAUUUUUAUGGACUAGUGAUUACGGCUUACAUAACAUAUGGGAAUAUGAAGUUUGUUUUAAUCCAUGGGAACAACAAUUCAUCAGCAGUUUCUAGUGUUGAUGAUAACGUAGUCAAGAAUUUCUAUCAGGAAGUUCAUGAAUUAUACAUCAAGACGUCGAUGAACCCAUUUUAUGAGGUGGAUAGGCCAAUUACCAGUCCCAUAUUUGAUUCCAAGGUCAAGGCUCUCGCAAAGAAAUAUUUAACAAAGUAG